AUGAGAAUCUUCCUCUCCUUUUUCUGCCUCUCUAUGCCACCCCUGAUACAGGGUAAGUCAUUGUGUGUGUGUGCGCGUGCAUGUAUCUAAGAUUCUCUUUCUCUGGAUAAAACUAAAGUGGGUGGUAGUUUCCAUUGGGGUAUCUGGGCUGUUUGGGAAGAGACAGUGGUGAUAACAGGGAAGCUACUACUCCAGAGUUUUGCUUUAGAAUAUAAGAAAGGAGGUGACACUAGGACUUCGUUGGUUAGAAAGUAGUUUAUCUUCCUCCCCCACAUCUGCUUUGAAGACAAGUGAUUACAUAGGACUGUGUUUUCCAUUCUGUGGCAUCAUGUCCCUGUGCAAAUGAUGUUCCAUGCUAGAUACUGUGCCCUUGCUGACUAAGCUCACUAGCCCCUUGUCAUUCCUCCAGAUUCACCCCUAGAGCUUCCCAUUCACACCCCAUGCAGCUACUAAGUUUGCUCUUCACUUUCCCAACCUCAUUUCCUAAACCACUUCUCCCUUCUAUUCUACAGCCCCACUUUGCACCCUGUUUCCACCUUCACCCUGUGUCCAAAUCUUCCUCUUUCUUUUGUGCAACCCCACUUGCCCACAAUCCACUUGCAGGGUAAUCUCCUGCAUCUUCUACCUCUCUUGCAUUGCAAAUACUGAACACCCUUUUCAUUUUUGGUCCAACUAUGAAGCCACCACCAGCUACUAUUCUUUAGACCCUUUCAUGCCCCGACAUUCCGUUUCAACCCCAUUUCCAUGCCUCCUUCUCUCUCCUUUUUUGCAACCCCCUAUGCACUUUCCAUUUUCUCUUCCACUCUUCCCACUUUUCUCAGCUCUCCCUUGUACACAGAUCAACCCCAUUUCCAUGCCUCCUCAUCUUCCCCAUUCUGCAGCCUCUUUUAUGCCAACACUUUAUGCGGAUAUAUGUUACAGUACUGUAGAUUCUUAAGAGUAAGUACGUUGGCUUAUUCUGCUAGAGAAGGCUAAACUCUGUUGAUCAAUGUUGUGUAUAUAUAUAUCUGUAUAUUGCUACAAAAGUUGGGCACCACCCCCAAUUUCUUUUCAACUGUGCCAAGAUUCUAUGAGGGCUCCAGAUGCUCACCCAGGAUCUGUGCUCCUUUGAGAAUAAAGACAUGGCAGAGACUGUCAUAGCUUUAGGAAAUAUUAUUCAUAUAUUUGCACCUGUGUUUCCUUGGAGGGAGUUCAGAUCUUACAGGUCAUCUCAAGAGUGGCUUGUUCCCCGCAUCUCCCCCAGCCUCCCUUUAGCCAUCCUGCCAAAGAUGGACCUCUGUCUUUGUUUCCCCCUUCUCGUUCCCAGCACACCUUGAUAAAUGCACUCUUUUCCUGUCACAUCACAUGCACACCCUGUCACAUUGCCAACCUUUGUCUGCUCAGGCCCAAUGAUUCCUCUUAGAUGGGCCAUCAACCCCUUUUGUCAUGUUAACACCUCUUUCCCUGGUGAGGCGUUGGCUUGGAAAGGAAGCUUAACCUGUAUUUUUCCACUGGCCUGGAAUCUUAAUAUUAACAAGGUUCUGACAUUCAUUAAUUUCUUGGGUUUAGGGGGUCCCUCCCCUCCGAUUCAUAACAUCAUUUCUAUCUAUCUAUCUAUCUAUCUAUCUAUCAUCUAUCUAUCUAUCUAUCUAUCUAUCUAUCAUCUAUCGGUGUCCACUUUGACUUCACCCCCAAAGGCUCAUUCCUCCAUUGUUUCCUGAGACAGACAGAUGCCAACAAUUUUUUCUCUUGUUAAUAAAAUAUAUCUUCAAAAUUACUACACUGAAUCUGGAACGGCAUGUUGAAGACAACGCAUGGUAUCAGGAGUGAAAUACAUUGUGUGAAACUUUUGAGGGCUAUUCAUCCUUUAUUCUGUCGCAUGAAGCAGCUGAGGAAUGGCCAGUUUUUGUUCCAUGUCUUUUCCUUCUCACUGUUCUCAGACAAUGGCAGAAGUGUGAGGGGGGUGGAGGUGGAGACCAUCUGAGAUGAAAAUUGUGGUUUUAAACAAUGGCAGAGGUUUGACUAAAGCAAGGAUGGAGUAACACAGAGGGUUUUUAUUAAAAAAGCAACAGCCCCAAAUCCUAGUUUUAACAAAGAGAAGUAGCAGAGAUGUGUAGUGUGUAAAGAGAUGUGGCGAUGUCAUGGAGGGGAUGGUCAGUUCAUGAGGAGUGGGAGGAGAUCAAGGGUGUGGAGCUAUAUGACACAGGGGAGGGUCCAAGCAGGUAGUGGUGAAAUUGGGGUCCCAAGAAAUACCUGAGCCAGAGGAGGGGACUAGGGAUAAAGAGAGUCAGGAGCUGGAUCUUGGGGAGGGUCCAAGCAGGUUGACAGAGAGGUGUUCUGCCCCUGUGUCACUGAGCACCUCUAGUCAGGCAUCUCCUAAACUUGAGCUAUUGUUUGCCAUACUGAGGGUUGUGUCCACCCCACUCUUCAAUUGGAAGAGACAGAAGGUGUGCCCCUUCUUGGAUCAGCAUCUCUGCUUUUGCUCAGCCAUGUAAUUUGCCUGCUGUGCCUUUUAACUAUUGCCCUGCCUCAUUAAAGAUUUUGGGAGAAACAGAAGCCUAAGCUUGAAUUCUUCAGUGUGGGCCAGGACAACACAGAAGCUAACACCACAGAGCUGUUGCCAACUCUUUCUUCUAUUUUAAACUGCCACUCUCCCUGCCUCAGUGUCACCCCCUGCUCACUCUAUUCAAACCUCCGCCAUUGUUUGAAACUACCAAUUCCCCACUCUGUUUCCUCCAUCCCUGCUUUAUUCAAACCUUUGGUGUUGUUUAAAACUGCCAUUUCCCCAUGUCCUUCCACUCCUGCUCUACUCUAACUUCUGCUGCUGUUUUAAACCAUUGCUUCCACACCCUCAGUGUUGUUCCCUUCUUGCUCCCAUGUCAUGGCCGCUGCUGUUGUGCACCCUGCCUUCUGCUUUGCUCCCCUCCCACACUCUGACGUCAAGCUAUCCAGGUUUUGAUGAGGUAUGUGCAAUGGGGACUGCACGAUUACAGCCUUGCAUUUUUAUGUAUACAGGAAGAUAAUUGGGUGAGAUGACUGCUGACCUUCUUGGGAGGGAGUAGGGCCUAGUGAUUUGGGCAGAUGAGUUGGGAAAUUGGGGGCUCCCCAGUACCAUCUCCACUGGUGGAAUGGGAGUGGGAGGCUGUAUGGAUGUUUGACGUAAUUGAAUGCGUUUCCUUCUUCAGACUUCAUGCAGUUAUUAUGUGGUAUAGAUUACACAGGGCUAAAAAAGGUAGCAUUUCAGCACUAUUACAGGGCACACUCCAGCGCAGCCUUCUCAGCCGUGUGUGAGUGACUGUGGUUCACGUCCCUCAGUUAUCUGGAUCCUUGUCUGUGUGAAGUUAACAUUUCUGGAAUGCAUAGAGAUGUGUGCUUGUGUAUGUGGGAAAAUAUGGAAUUAGGGAAGAGGAUCAGGAUUCCUGGGUUCAUUCCCUAGCUUUGCAGGGGAAUGCUGUCAAGGAGACAGCACUCCUGGUUUGGGGGUGGGCAACCAGAACUUUCUGGAAGCAGAGUAGAGUGUAGUUUGCAUAAGAGCAGGUGAGUAUGGCUGCCAAUUGAGCAUUUUCUGGCUGGCUUGUCAGGCGUCUGGGCUGGCUGCCAGACUGCAAAUGGGAAGCUCAAAGAAGAGAAAAGCUUUAUUGUUUUGUUUGCUUCCAGUUCUGGCUUCUUCCUCUGCUUGUUAGUUAAUUCGUUAAUUCAAAAACAAUUUUCAACAUGCAUGCAUUGUGCAUGUAGGUACGCCUGCGCAGAAGAAAGUUCACCUGGAAUUUUUUUGGAAGUGUGUGUGCACUUGGAAGGCGCCAUGUGCAUGAAAAGGUCUUCCUGCUGGUGGCACCCAAUAUGUGGAGAUGUUGUCUUCCACUUUUCCAGUGUCCCGCCACUAUUUGAAGAUUGUUCUUUCCUAGUGAGCCAUAUGGGCAGACCCUCCCCACCCCCCACCCCCCAUAAUGUCCUUGGGCACAAUUCGUAUGUCAUGACAUUGCAUCAUUCUUAGUGACAUUCUGUUCCAGGAACAUGGACAGGCUCCAAAGAGCAGCCAAGUUCCUGCUUGAAGAGGAGGAAAGCCUUUUGUUUACACAUAUAAAAAAAAAGGGGGGGGAGAGAAAAUCCCAUAUAAAUCUAUUUAAUUGCAUUUUCAGUUUUACAAACAGUAACGAAAAAUAAAUAAAAUGAAACAGAAUGCAAACAAUGUAUCCCCUUUGACUUCCCUCCCCCUUUUGUGCAUCAUUAUGUUAUUAUUUUCCUUCUGCAUCUUCUCAAUAAUUCCAGUUAUUAUAAACCCUUAAUCAAUCCAUAAUUCCAUUUUUUACUACAAGAUUUCUGUCAAUCCAACUAAUGCGUGUUUACAAUAAUUUUUCAAAUGUUAUAUACUUUACCAAUUACUUAUAAUUUGAUUCUUCCUGGUUCCUGAUUCUUCCUGUAAGUUUUGCCAUUUCACCAUAGUUCAUUAGUUUUAUCUGCCACUCUUCCUUGGUUGGGACUGUAUCUUCUUUCAGUCUAUGAGCUAGCAAAGUCUAGGCAGCUGUGGUCGCAUACAUAAACACUUCCCUCUGGUAUUCUUGGUUUCCUUGGACGGUUUAAUGAGUCAGGAACUAACCAGACUCGCUUUUUUUAAUGACAAAGCAGUUGCAUGCUGUUUGAUUGGGGAACCAGCACAGAGGGAGGGGAUGUUUAACCCUUUCCUACUGUGUCAUCGUCAUGAUCUAAAUGGCUCCCACCAAUUCCAAAUGGAUCCCUAGAAGGAUAGACAAAUACAGCAGCCUUUUUCCAGGGGCAACUGAGUAACAAUGUGUAUGCUAAGGGCCCCUCUCCCAGUGCCACUACUUCCGUCAUAUCAGAAGUCCCAUGUAGCCUCUGUGAAGUACAAACCACUUUCUGGAGUACCUGGUCAUCACACUCCUGCUUCACAUUUAGUUUGGUCUUUUGAUCAAAAGUGUGGGAUCUGUGACUGCAGUACAUGGGUGGUAUGUUUGCAGUUCUUCCAUACUGUUUGUCAAAUGCGCUAAGCGCACCAACCUUUUGCAGAAAAAAAAAACUGGCUGAGGAGUUUACUCUGUUUGGGUCAUUUACUCAGUUAAUCCUCUUUAACACACUGAGUUUGCAGUGAGAUCCUACUGUAAAAGUCCCCCCCCCCCAUGCAUUUAGGUAUUUAGAGAAAUAAUAAAAAUUACCAUAUUUUUCGCUCUAUAGGACGCACUUUUUCCUCUCCAAAAUUAAAGGGGAAAUGUGUGUGCGUCAUAUAGAGCGAAAAAUACGGAAAUAAAUGCCAGUCCCCCCAUCGCCCCGUCUCCUCCACCUUGCAAAAUCUGCUUGCCAACAGGUGUCCUGUCGAAACUGCACUUUGUAGUCAAUGUGACUCCCUGACUGCCUGGUUAGUGUGUAAAAGCUCAAUCAAUUCUUACAAACAGUUGAGGGGAUGGAUCUGUGUCUGAACUCUCCAGACUGUAGGUGAGAGUUCAUAUGGUUCAAUGCCCACUUGCUUUGUGGGAAUAAAUAAAUGUCUCUUCACACAGAAAGGGCAAUGGUGGUAACCUAACCUUAACCAUGAAACACCAAGGCUGUGUACACACAAUACCUUUAAAACACAUUUGAAACACAUCGUUUGCUGGCCAGCCUUCGGCUCCACAGCAGCACGAGGUGGAAAAUGGAGAGAAAGCCCUGGAAUAAGGAAACUGCAAUCAAAUAACAAUGUCAAUAGGAGACUUGCAAACCUUUUUUUAAUUUAUUUCCAUUUGGAAAGAAUGCUCUCACUGUUUGUGGGGACUAGGCCUAAGAUAAGGAAACCGCAAUUGCUCUGAAUCAGAAUCUCACAAGAGCCUAUGUGGGGCAGAUGUUAAGUACACAACAAGCAUUCAUAUCUGAAGCGAGUUCUGUUGGAAUUAUGUGUUUUAAGAAGCUGUGCCCAUAAAAAGGUGUGGCUUGGAAUGCUCAAAUGACUACCAGGCUCCCCCUGGGCUCCAAGAAAUGGCAGGGUGGGGAAAAGAAAACAAUCAGUGUAUUACAAAGUGGUUAUCAUUUUGCAGCUUUCCCCCUGCCACACUGCCACAGGCAGUCCUAAGAGUCUCAAGGCAUACCUCACCAAAGAGAAAGAUAUGCUUUUGCAGGACAUGACCUGAUUUUUAUUUGAUUUGAUGUCCUAUUAGCACCCCACUUUUCCAACAAUGUUAAGCUCAAAGCUGCUCACGAUACUAACAAGAGAAUUAAAAACUGGUAAAAAUUACAAUAAUUGUAACCAUAUCAGAAACAUAUCAAUACCAGCAAAUAUGAAGGAAAAGUAUUGUAAGAUUCUUUACCCCCCCCAUAUUUAAUCCCCUGCUAGCUAAAUCUAAUACAUAGACUUGGAUUUGAUAAUGGUUGGAGAUGUAUAAAGCAGAUUUUAUACUUCUGGAAUUGUCCUCAAAUAUAAACUUGUUGAAUACCUGUACAGACAACAGUAUUGGAAUAGUUAGGAUGCCCUAUACCUCUGGGACCUGAGGUACUUUUACUUGAUUUUUAAAAAGAUGUUAUGUCAGAAAAUGAUCCUAAGUAAGUAAGGUUACUAAAUAAGUAACCUUAUUGCUGCUGCAAAGGUAAUGACUGAAAAAAGGGAAAUAGAAAGAUAAAAAACACACAACAGCAUAUAAAAUACAACACCAUAUAAAUAAAGCAAAAGGACAAAUUAAUCAGGCAACUAAUACAAUUUAAUACAAAUAUAUUGUGAGUUAAAAUAUCAGAAAUGGCUGCUGAGCCCCAAACUGGGAGCCGUUAAUUUGGGAAGGGGAUUUGUUGCUCAGUUCAGCAACAGGCUCCUGGGCAGCAAGACCUUCCAUAGUUUUAAAUCUCAAAUUUGAUUUCACCCUCAGUCAAAGAGCUCAAUCACUUCUCUGUUGUUUUUGGAAGGGUGGGCAACAAUAUUACAACGGGGUGUGUGUGUCAAUAUUGUAACAAUAUAAUAUGGGAGUAAAUACAGAGAUCACGAGUUGUUGGCAUCCAUUUGUCUCAAAUGGUGCAACUUGGAGGGUGAAGUCAAACUGUUGGGAGGUUACAGUCCCGGCUGUGGCUGUAGAGACCAAUGUGGGAGAGACAUGUUUUGUUGCAGCUGGGGCAGAUGAAGGUGUCUGGUUGUGCAGAUGCACCAUGGCGUUUCUUCUCUUCAAGUACUGCAGGGUUCCACUCCAUUCCCAUGCGUUUCAGAUGACUAGCCACCUGAGGCAGCACUGCCUUAUGGCACAGAUGCCCCCAUGAACCUGGUGCCCCAAGUUGUCACUUGGGUUGUCUUGGCCCUGACUCACCAUUGCUCCUUCAAGGACACCUUCUGUUUACCUUUUUCUUUUUUCAAUGUUAUGAUUUUAUUUGGUUUCCUCUUCCUGGUUCUUGUUUAUACCCAAACAAUCUGGUUCCCAAGCUUUGCCUCUGAUGAUGUCAUUUAAUCAUUUUUCACUCAGGUGUCCUGAAACAUGAAACUCAAAGCGGUGAGUAUCUCUUUCAUCUGGACCAUGCGCAAAAUGUACUGAACCAUGCACUAGAUAUGCUAAGCAAUAUGUGUGCUCAGGCACUAAUCCUAUAAUCUACAAGGAAAUGUUCUCCCCUCUCCCCUGCAGAAUUGUUAACAUUGCUGUUGUUGUACAGUACACAGCCUUAAGGCACAGCCUUAAGCCUUAAGGUUGUACAGUACACAGCCUUAAGGCAAAGGCUGUGUACACACCAUAAGCUAUAUUCCAUCAAAACUGUUGCAGUGGGUAUAUGAUUUAUCAAAUUCUUUGUUGGGGAUUUUGUGGAACACAGUCUUGUUUUUCUUUGAUAAUUGAGAAAGAUUAGGAAAAAUUAUCACAUUCCAAAGAAAAAUUGGGUAAAAAAAUAUUGCUUCUUUUGAACAUUUCUCACCACUUUUCAUUUUGGGAGGCCACUAUGACCUUUUGCUUGCUGCCCAGUAUCAGCCUUGCUGAUUCAGGAAAUUAUGAUUUAAUUUGCGUUUCUCAGCUGUGCGUCAGUAAUCUAUAUUUUUGAAUUUUAAUGCUAGCACUUUACGAAGUUUCAUGGUAUUAACUUCAUUUAUCUUAUUUUCUGUAGUGCACUGGAAUUGUAGCAAAGUAUUGUAAAAAGAUUCUGGUCUAUGAUAUUUGACACAAUACUGGAAAUGGCAGGAUAUGCUUUAUCCCCAAAUUCUAAAACAAUCCUUUGAGGAUAUUGAUCAUCAGUUAAUACAAACUCUACUGACCAUAUCAAAACUAUGUAUUGCCAAACUUGCAAAUGUACCACCACCCCAACUGGUACAGAAUGGCUGAAGAAUACUUGGGAAAUAAUACUGCCAAUAAAGCAAAUAUAUAAUAGAAGAACACUUUAUAAUAAUUAUCAAAACAACUUCAGUGAAAUACAGUCUACACUUAUAGAAUUCUGGAAUGACAAAUUAGCUCAUGAUAUAUCUCCUUAUAACUCCUUUACAUUAAUCUUAUUUUCUAUCUGUUUAUUUCUCACUUUUCCUAAUGCAACUUUGCUACUCAUAUUUUCUCUUCAUUUUAUUCUUAAAAAGAUUAGCAAGAAAACAAGUCUCACUUGAUUUUUCAGUGCUUGAAAUCAGCAUCUACAUUUUUUAAAUCAAAUGUUGAAGCCUCCAACCUAAAAUAAUGAGAUAAGGUACUUUGUUGCUCACUAUUUUGUUCAUCACUAGUUUUGCUUUUAAAUAUUGCUUACUAUGUACUGAAGACUCAAACCUCCUGUUUCCUCUUUUCCUCUUUUAUUUUUAGGAGAUGUGGGAAAUGGCACUCAGACAGGUAAGAGAUCAGCAAAAACAGGUUCUCUCACUGAAAAUCACAGGGUCAUUGUAGCCGCACAGUGAAACUAGGGGGUGGUCUCUGAGGAAUAUAGCCUGGCCCUUGGCUUCUGUCCUUCAUACUGGGAGUUUCCCCCUUUGCCUGGACAUCUUGGGGAAGAGGUCAAAACCAAUAUGUUUGUCAAUUUCCUGCCAACUUCUCUUUCUCUCUGUUUUGCCAGUGUGUGGUCGGGUGAUGCCCCAAAACCGUAUUGUGGGGGGAAAAGAUGCUUCUCAUGGUGAUUGGCCGUGGCAAGUCAGCCUCCAAUAUAAUGGACAACAUGCCUGUGGAGGGACCCUCAUCAGUGCUGACUGGGUGCUGACAGCAGCCCACUGCUUCCCCAAGUAAGUAACAGGGAGAAAGGCCUUGGAGUGUGUAAUGGGAAAAAUGAGUAGGCAAAAGAUCUGACCUAGCAUUUUCAAAGAACACAGAAGCAGGACUUGUGAGAGCCUGCCUUACACACCCUUUGGAGAUAGUACAGGUCCGUCCCUGCGUGUUUAGUGUUUGUUUUCUUAAAAGCAAGUCACUAGCCCUCGUGGAGGAAUAAGGAGAGGCAGAAUUCCCCCUAUUUGUUCUCUAUGUAGUAACAGAUAUUUAAACAUAUUAGGCCUCUGGAAUUAUGCUCUGGCUGUUUGGCAAUGGUCCACUGCCAUGUUAGGUCCUGUCCCCACAAAGUUUGCCUUCAGCAACUUUAAAAGAGCACCUGAAAAGGAGCUGUGUAAGGCAGAACUUCGUGGUGAGAAAGGCCUGCUCACAAGUGCAGAUGUAAAAAGACAAUGUUUGCCAUUCUGCCCUUUAUUUGUAACCUACAGCACUUUGUUAUACUGCAGUUUGUCUUUACUCAAAACUAUGCUAUCUGUCCCUCUGCCCAUUGUGGCAAGAUUAUUUAAUUUACAUAAUUAAUUACAUAAAUUAUGUAAUUUCUGUUGGAAUUAUCUGAUAUCCCUAUUCACAAGUCUUCAAUCCUGUCGUUCUCUGUUCUCUCCCUUGAGAAAACCCAGGACCUUCAAGAGAUAGCCUACUUGAUAUGUCAGGUCAGCUGAGCUUCUUCCCCAUUCCCCUCCCACCCCAAACACAUAAUUCUCCCCUCAGCUUUCUCUUGUAUUUAUUGUUGCCACUGGUCCAGCAGUGCCUGCUAUCAUCAUUAAUUAAAUUUCUAUCCCACCCUACAUUGCAAAGUGACACGUGUAUGAUAUUGUUCAUGCACAACGUAAACCAAAGUAGCCGCCUCAGGUAAACAAACAUGGUGACUAACUCUCUGUUUGUGUUACUGCUGCAAAACAGAACAGGGCUGUGGGGAGUGCCUCUGCCUCUACCACAGUGCCGCUCUUGUGUUUGGCUGCUGCUUUUGAAAUGGGGAGCUUCCCCCCACAUGGAGGCUCCCAAUGUAUAUUUGAAUCCUAUGCCCAGGUAUUCACUUGUACAUGCAAGUGACCAACUGUGGUCACAGUCACACUAGGUUAAAAAAAAGGUAAAGGACCUCUGGACGGUUAAGUCCAGUCAAAGGUGACUAUGGGGUUGUGGCGCUCAUCUCGCUUUCAGGCUGAGGGAGCCAGCGUUUGUCCACAGACAGCUUUCCAGGUCAUGUGGCUAGCAUGACUAAACCGCUUCUGGCGCAACAGAACACCGUGAUGGAAGCCAGAGUGCAUGGAAAUGCUGUUUACCUUCCUGCCACAGCGGUACCUAUUUAUCUACUUGCACUGGUGUACUUUUGAACUGCUGGGUUGGCAGGAGCAGGGACUGAGCAAUGGGAGCUCAUUCCGUCACGGGAUCCAAACCUCUGACCUUCUGAUUGGCAAACCCAAGAGGCUCAGUGGUUUAGUCCACAGCGACACCUGCGUCCAUAGCUGUCAACUUUCCCCUUUUUUAUAUGGAAAUUCCCUUAUUCCGAAUAGGAUUCCUUGCAAGAAAAGGGAAAAGUUGACAGCUAUGCCCGCGUCCCCUACAUUCACACUAUCCAUUUAAAGCACUGUGAUUAUUCUCAAAGCAGUCAUAACUGAUAAUUUUUGAGUAAAGCUGGCAGAGGAACCUUUGGCUUCCAGAUGUUGUGGAGCUACAACUCCCAUAAGCCCCAUCAAGCAUGGUCAAUGUCUAGGGAUGAUGGGGAUUUUAGUUCAGAAACAUCUGGAGGCCACAGUUUCCCCACAUGUGGAGAACAUGAUAUAAUACACCCUCUUUUUAAUUCAGAAACUACCCCACCCCAUGACCUGACUCUUGUUUGUUUUUCCUAAUAGGACGUCAAAACUAUCUCACUUCCAAGCAAACUUGGGGAACUACCAGCUCUUGAACCCAGAACCCAAUGCUAAGUGGUUGAAACUCUCCCAAGUGAUUGUGAACAAGCACUACGCUGGAGAUGGGACCAGUGGAGAUAUAGCUCUGGUUCAGUUGGAACAUCCCGUACGCUUCACCAAAAGCAUUCUCCCAGCCUGUCUCCCAGAUGCCAAGGUCCAGAUCCCAAAUGGCACCCUUUGUUGGGUGACGGGAUGGGGAGCUCCACAAUAUGGAGGUGAGGUGCUGUAGCUCAGUGGCAGAGCAGCUGCUUUGAUUGCAGAAAGUUCCAGUUUUAAUCCCUGGCAAAGAUCCUUACCUGAAACCCUGAAGACCUGCUGAUGGUUAGCAUGGAGCUGAACUUUAGUCUGACUCACUGUAAGGCAUGUUUUCCAAACUGGGAUAAAAUGGUUCAGCUGCGUGGCAGUUUUGGAAUGGAUGUGGAUUAAGAUGCUCAGUGAGGUUCAUGUUUGCUUUUAACCUGUAUUUGAAUAGGCUUUCUCCCCCACCCCUUUGUACAUUAACCACACUGGGACCUUCUUCUGCAGGGCAGUAUAGAAAUGUCUAGAAUAAAUAAUAAAUAAAUAAACAGGAGUACAGAGAACACAUGGUUCAGAAGGCUUGGGGAUUUAAGGGGACAGAUAACCACUGUAACCAAUAUUACCACUUGACUGGAAGUAUGAUGUUGUGAGAUAUAGCUGCUUGGAAUAAUCCAGAUUCGUGUCUCUGAGGGUGAGAUAUUAAAAAAAUACAAAAGAAAUUGUUAUUGUUAAUAAUAACAAAUAAUUUGGAGUUCACGUGGUGAAAAGGGCAGAUAAGGAAGGGGCUUGAUAGGGUCUGGAUACUUAGAAGGUGCAAAUUAAGGGGAACUGAGAUGUGAAUUACUUAAUGAGGGAUACCUUUAGCUGGGUGCCAAUAUGGUUCCCUCUAGAUGUUUUGGACUACAACCCCCAUCAGCCCCUGCUCUUGCAGCUAGAUCCAAAACAUUUGGACGGCACCAGGUUGGCAAAGACUGGGAUAGAGAGAGCAGCUUAGACCAGAGUACUUAGCCAUGACUGAGGUGAAAAGAAAAGGUGGAAUUAGUGGCAAGACAUUUGAAAUUCUGUUGCUACGUGGUUAGAUCAGAGAUGGGCAACUUGUGGCCCUUUAGAUGUUAUCCUCCAGCUCUCAUCUGCGGCAAGGUUAGAAGCAAGUGUCCCACAUUUUCCCAGUGCAUUUUCCUAUCACUUUCCACAUCACAACAAGUCAGAUCUUUUGGGUAAGUGGAUUUGUUGUGUAAGACCUCCAAUCAACUAUAUUGUGCGACCUGAAUUUGCCAGUAUAUUUUUGAAACACCCACUGUUGUUUCUGAGGUGGAUUUGCAUCCCUUUCCUCUUGCAGUAUUUAAUUUAUUCUGAAUUGCUUGAUUUCUCAUUCCUCCUCUUCUUCCAUCCUUGCUAUCUUAAUUUUGCCUCAAGCUACCCUCCGGGCUCCCAAGACCCUGCAACAGCUUCAGGUGCCCUUGAUAGACACAAGAUCCUGUGAUGCCAUGUACCACAUUGGCACUGGUAUCCCCCCCAGUAUCCGACAGAUCCAGGAUGACAUGAUCUGCGCUGGCUAUGCCGAAGGAGAGAAAGAUGCAUGUUUGGUAAGAAAGGAGUACCAGCGGAUAUGCAAAUGGCAGAGCAGCAGUGAGGGCAUAGGAACCUGUGUCCUUCCAAAUGUGGUUGGAUUUCUCCUAAACCCAUUUCGUCUCACUUAUUCCCUCUGCACCCUCCACUUACUAAUAACCCUGUAAUUGUGGGCCACAGCUGUGGCACAAAGCCAAUCAAAUAAGAUAUUAUGUUUAAGAAAAGUGUUUAUGUACAUUUGUUUAUAUCAAGAUUAGAAAGUGAACAACCUUAUCUGGUUUAAAAUAGUACUGUAUCUUUAAGUCAGUAUACACUUUGUUAGCUUGUUACUGUCACUUUAAAUAUCAACACAUUGUAUCCAGCUAUUAAUGUUAAAGUGAGACAGCUUUAAGGAUGCAGUUGCCUCCCCCCCCAGCACCCCAGUUAAGUCUCAACAACAGUCGUACCUUGGAAGUCGAACAGCUUAGUUCCUGAACAUUUUGGCUCCUAAACGCCGCAAACCCGGAAGUGACUGUUCCAGUUUGCGAACUAUUUUUGGAACCUAAAAGUCCAGUGUGGCUUCUGCGGCUUCUGAUUGGCUGCAGGAGCUUCCUGCAGCCAAUCAGAAGCUGUGCUUUGGUUUUCGAACGUUUUGGAAGUCAAACGGACUUCCGGAACGGAUUCCGAUUGACUUCCAAGGUAUGACUGUAGUUGAGGACUCUGUUGGAAGCCUUUUCUCCCAAUCCCUUACUGACUUAUCAAAGUGUAGGUUUGUCUUGGUGUACUACUUGGAAAUUUCGCCUCUGGGAUUCCUACUGCUCAUCAGAAACCAACAUUCCAGGUUGAUUCUCAUCCCCCCCCGUCCGACAAUUCUCCCCUUGCCUCUUCAGCCUAAGCCAAGCAAUUCAGUCAGCCCAACAAAUAUUUGGCCACCAAACUGCUCUACCUCCAUCUUAGGUCUGCUUUCUUAUUCCAUGAUCCUCAUCCUCUGCUGUCUUCUUCUUCUGGCUGAACACCAAGCACCAACAACUCCAACUGUCCCUCUGCUGACCAGCACAUGGCUUUAUAUAUACUUCCUCUGGGCCCUCUAGUCCAGUCUCAGCCAAUCAGAGUGUCCAGCUGAAAAUUCUAAACCUGCACCCACCAAUCAUAAUGUGCAGGCAUUCUAUACUUCUUUUGCAUACGGAGAAUUCUAACACUAGCCUUUCCUCACAGUUGUCAGUUAAGGCUCCCGUUGUCAGUUAAACUGACUUUGGCCCUACCAAGACAGAAAACUUCCCACCUAAAAUACAUUACAAUCAGUGCUUUUCUUCUAGAAAAAAGGUGCUGGUACUGUGUACCAUUGAGCACACCCAGAAAAAAAGAACUCAUUACAAUGUAUAUUACAAUACAAAUGUAUUGUACACAUUACACAAUGCUUAUUAAAACCUGAUUCAAAUAAAUAGGAUUUCCCUCCAUACAUUCUGAAGAAAUAUGGAGAACCAGAUGUCAGUCACUAGGGGGGAAAUUGCUGUUACUAACUGUCGAGACUCCAAAGAGUUUUGUAACUGUUGCUGUCACAACUACUAAACGCAUGGUACCUAUAGUUCAAAAAUUGUGUGUGUGUAGGGGGAUAUUCAGGGAAACUUUGUUCUCCUUCCUAAAAUUUGCUGGAAAAAGUUCGAGUAGGAAUAUUUAGCUCAGCUUUCAUCACACCUGUCUGGAAGUCCUUUAGCCUAACUCCCAAGGUAGGUCUAGCCUGGUUGUUGCUUCCUAGUGUGGAGGAGAGGGUGUACUGUCCAUGCUCAGAGGCAGCCUGGAAAAGGGACUUUUUUAUUCUAGUUAUAGCUUUAGUAGGCACAAGAUAUAGGUGACAGAGAUCUUACCCAGGGAGAUGGUUGUGCGUGCAAGUGGAACAUCCUGGCAGUGGUUGGCUGGUAGCACCAGGCUCAACAUAAAACAGAUAAAGUCUGGAGCAAGGGGCAUGUUACAGACUCUCACCAGCUGCUUUCCUUAACCUAGGGCGACUCCGGAGGUCCCUUGGUCUGUCAAGAGGAUGGUGCUUGGUUUGUAGUGGGCAUUGUGAGCUGGGGUGAAAUGUGUGCCAUCCCCAACCGCCCAGGCGUUUACACACGUGUCGGCUUCUACGAGGACUGGAUAAAGAGGCACUACGCAGGAGCUCAGUUCGGCCUCGUGAAUGUCACUUAUUACAGAGACACUUCAUCUGCAUUGGCCUCCAGCCUUGUCCUCAAAGAGUUCCUGCUACUGCUCACUGCCUCCUGCCUCACUACCAUCCUUCUGACAUAG